UGCAUUUCGUAGUGACCGGAGGACUAGUUUAUCACCUGGCAAAGAUAGCAGGCCAUAAUUAAAAGGCGUUGAGUGAAUGGACGGUGUUGUGGGAUGUCGAGCCAUGGAACCGGAAUAGCUUGUUUUCAUCCUAGCCAUUCAUUCAGGGGGGAUAAACAAACGGCGCACAGUAACACUCACCUCCAGCUGAAACUUGUCAAGUGAACUCACCUCACAAACCUUUCCCACUCAUCCACCUUCCAUCCGACCACACCAUCACGAACGACCAGCAUGGACGCAUCCUCAUCCACUGAACCGACUUUCGAAACCACGACGGAUCCUUCUCCUUCUCGCGACGAUAUCACGGUCUCCCUCCGCCUGAUUGCCGAUAGCAUCGCCCAGCAACGCCAGGUGGCCGCGCGAGCCAUCCUCAGCCAUUCCAAGUUCAUAGGUCUCAUCUUCAUCCCGCUGAUCCUGAGCAGUGCGUUACUCCUCUUCGCGAAUGCUUUCGACAUCCGAGCUCCAGGUUGGAGCCUCGUGCUCACAACAUGGACGGGCUUCGCGAUGGCGGCGUUGGUGCACGUGCGCACCGUGACAGAGGGGUACAUCGAGCGGGCGGAAUCGAUCGGACUGGGCUGGUGGAACGAAACAUGUUCGUGUGCUUGCUGUUCCAGCGAGUCUGAGGGGACGUCGGUGUCUUUGUCGCGGUCCGGAUCGUCGACCCCUGCACCGGACGAGCGUCAGACUCUACAGGAAGAGCAGCAGGAGCAGCAGCAGCAGCAAGAACGAGGAAGGCUCUUCGCCCCGCUAGCCCUGCACCACGCCAUCGCCCUCGCGACAGUCACUGCUCUCGCCAACGCGCACCCACCACCGCAGGCACAGGCACAGACACAGGCACCGUCAGACUCAGACUCAGGACCAGCAAUGAGAACGCCUCCGACGCCCCCGUCUGAAAUCUCAACCUCAGUCUCAGUCUCAACCGCAGUCUCAACCUUCCCAGGCUCAGGAUCCCCAACACCCACCGCAUCUAUAUCGCCCUCCCCAAGCCCAAGCCCACCUCCAAACCCCAAUUCAAAUGAAACACCCCGAACCCUUUUAAUAAAAACCACCUACAACAACCGCCCCAUCGGCAUCCUCCUCCUCAAGAUCAUAACCUGCCCAACCGAAGCAACCCAUCGCCUCACCACCAACGCGCGAGUCUCUGAUCGCGCUCCGAUCGGGGUGAUCCGGGCGUGGACGGUGGAGCAGCGGUACCGCGGGUGCGGGGUGGGGCGCGGGUUACUUGGGACGGCGGUGCGGGCGUGUCGUGCGCGCGGGUGGGCGGGGCCUGUGUUUGCGCGGGAUCAUGUGCAUGCAUCUUGUUUUCUGGGUGGUGAGGAUGGUGGAAGUGGGAGGAUUGGGGCGUGGAUGGAGCGUGUUGUUGCGCGGGAGAUGCGGAUGCGAGAGGGGGUUGCCUGGAGGGUUUUGGGGGAGGUUGGGUGUGAAGUUUAGGUUUCAUUUUCAAUCAUGGGUUGGCGAUGGGUGGAAUAGGGAUGGAUGGGUGUUUACAGGAUUAUUAACUGUGAGGUGGUAGUCGGCA